UUCGUGUCAAUAUUAUUUUUUUUUGUUGCUGGAAAACAAGUGAAAAUCAAGAACUUUGUGAACAUUUUGAAAUACAUCAAUUGCACCAAGCACGAUGGACGUGGCGCGGACAUACUCCAUACAUACGCUGUGUCGCAUUUGCCUAAAUCUCUUGCAAAACGAUGCUGCCUACGACCUGUAUCUGGUCCCAGGUCUGGCCAAAAAACUUUGUCUCUGCACCUCUCUGUCUGUGGAGCAGAACGAUGGCUUUCCCAAGAACCUGUGCACCAAUUGCUACACCCGGCUCAACGAUAUGCACGAUUUCCAAAAACUGUGCGUGGACUCUGUACAAAAGUUUCAGGAUAUGGUUACCAGCAACGCCUUCACAUGCCAAUCGAAUUUUGACGUACUGGAUCCAUGUGUGGCGACGCACGAUCUACCCAACGAUGAUGAGGACCACAUUAAUUUUGAUCCACUGUUGAAUCACAAAAUGGAGCUAAUCGAGAACGAAGAGGAUGUCUUCAAGAUGCUCGAGAACUGCGACAAGGAGGCCGAGGAGGUGGAAAAGGAAGAGAAAAGAGAGAUUAAACAGCCUCAUAUUAUAAGCAUGUUCAACGAGGACUCAUCUUCUAUUGAGAGCGGUAACGACAACGACAAGGACGUAGACUUCGAACCAAACAGCAGCGAUGACGACAUUCCUUUGGCGCAGCGCAUGCGAGGCAGUGCUAAGACCACCAGAACCGUCAAGUCUAAGCCUAGAAAGAAGAAGCCUGCUAUUGCUGUUGGAGGUGGCGACGGUGAUGACGAUGAUGAUGAUGAUUUCACUACCUCUUCGGAUGACGACUCUGACGACGAUGAUGGCGAGACUGAUCCCGACGGAAGACGGCGUGGCUCUAAGGAUAAGCCAAAACGCAAACGCAUUCCAGCUGCCGAACGACACCUGCAUCGCAUCAUCGACUGUCACAUUUGCCAUCAGAAAUUCAAGAAGGCAAUCCGUUACGAAGAGCAUAUGAAGUACCACAACGAUCUGUUGCCCUUCCAGUGCAAGGUGGAGGCCUGCAAGAAGGGCUUCACCACUGCCAACGGACUGCGCAUCCACGUCGAUCACGCCCAUACCGAACUCUCCGAGGUGCAUACCUGCAGUGCCGAAGGCUGCGGUAAGACAUUCCCACGUGUGCGCCUGCUUACCUUCCACAUGAAGAAGGUGCAUAACAUUUCCAAGUCGGCGGCACCAUUGCGCGACUUCCCCUGCACCGAGUGCAACACUGUAUUCCGUUGUCCGACGGCGCUCAAGAAGCACAUGUACAAGCACACCGGCGAGGAGCUGCCAUAUCCAUGCAACAUUUGUGGCAAACGCUUUGUCAUCAACAGCGCACUCAGGGAUCAUCUUAUGCGCCACGCAGGCAUCAAAAAUCACGUUUGCCCCUACUGUGGAGUGGGUAAAACGACUCGGCAGGAGUGGAACGCCCACAUACUGACGCACACCAAGGAAAAGAAGUUCAAGUGCCGCCAGUGCGAUCAUGCCUCCCACAACAAACAGGCUCUGUCCAAUCACGUGAAGGUGGUGCACAUGAAGAUCAAGAACUUUGCCUGCCAGUACUGCGGUAAGACCUUUGGCAAAUCGCAUGCGUGCAAGGUGCACGAGAGGACGCAUACGGGCGAGAAGUGCUGCGAGUGCAAGAUCUGUGGCAAGAUCUUCCUUUGCGAGAAGAGUUUAACCAAGCAUUUGAAAACGCACGAGAAGCGCGAUCUGCCAGUGGAUACCCAUCGACCGCUCAACAUUCCGCUGUCUGGUGUCCAAAUACCCCCCCACAUGCAGGACGAUGGCAUGAUGCCUCCAAAUAUGGCCGACGAUUUGCUGAAGGCGUGUGGCGGCGGGCCCGCAACAACAGCAAUAGCAGCCGCAGCAGCUAAGCCGAAAAAUUCACGACGCGUCCAGCGUGUUGAUAUAUCGCAACUGGCGGGCACCUCUGUCAAUCCCAUACCAUCGGUAUCGGUGCCCUCGUGGUCGCCGCAAGUAAACUUCACAAAGAAGGAAGGUCAGCACAUUUGCCCCGGCUGUGGACGUGGUUUUAAUAAUAUUGGCAACAUGAAGCUCCACUACAAGAUCAUACACGAAAAGGUGAAGGACUUUGCUUGUCGCUUCUGCCCGAAGCGCUUCUCGAAAGCACAAAUCUUGCGGCAUCACGAGUGGAUUCACACCGGCGAGAAGCCGUUCGAGUGCAAGAUAUGCGGCAAACAUUUCCGCCAGGAGACGGCGCUGAAGAAGCACAUUAAGACGCACGACAAGCCCAACAGGCGCAACUAUCCCGAAAAGGUUCAAGAACCGCAGCCCACGUUCCACAAAAUCGAACCACGUGAAAUUGAUCGUGAGCCAAGAAACUAUGAUCAGUAUCAGGACCCGGCCGCAGAGCGUGCUGCUGCCACAGCCGAAUUGCUUGCCCAUCAGAUUGAGGAGAAUGAGGCGAAGCGCAAGGCAGACAUCGAACGACGAAAGAUUCAAGAAGCCGCUUGCGAGCAACUAAACAAACUGCAACAGCAGCAAGAGAUUGAGAAGGCAACCACAUCCUAUGAUGGCUACUAUGCACAAAAGGCUCAAGCUGAGGGCCUCAGUGUGGACGCACUGAAAAUAGAUCAUGUAAUUGCUCACAAAAAAAUGAAUGAGGGUCGGCAAAGCUCCAUACACGCAAUAUGCCGCACUUGCUUGUCAAAAGUGCAACAUGUUGGAGCAUACGAUUUGUUUGUGGUUCCAGGACUUGCCAAGAAACUGUGUGUCUGCACUUCACUCUCCGUGCAGCAGCACGAUGGCUUCCCGAGGAACCUUUGCCCCAGUUGCUACACCCGGCUAAACGACUUACAUGAUUUCCAACAGAGAUGCAUGGACUCUGUACAAAAGCUGAAGGACUUGCUAGCUAGCAAUUACUUUAGAAUCCACACUGGCGAAGUUGACAGUUUUGAUGUGCUAAGUGUGGUGGCGCCACAGGAUGCUGAUGUGCCUGUCGAGGAAGAUGAUAAUAUCAACUUUGAUCCGCUACUUAAUACCAAAAUUGAAAUAAUUGAGAAUGAGGAGGAUGUAUUUAAAAUGCUAGAAGAUGUCGACAAAGAAGCGGAGCGAGUGGAUAUGGAAAUGGAGUCCUCCAGUGGCAGCGAAAAUGGAAACUAUGAUACUGAAGCGAAUAACAGCGACUCCGACGACACCUUACCUCUAUCCAGAUUACGAAGUACUACAACAGAAGCUAAUGCAAAUGACGAUGAUCAUAAUGCCAACGAUAUAACCACGGUUAAAUCAAAGAGCAAGCGGAUUGCAACCGCCGAACGUGAGCUGCGUCGUCUAAUCGAUUGUCACAUUUGCCACCAGAAGUUCAAGAAAGAAAUUCGCUACGAGGAGCACAUGAAGCAUCACAAUGACCUAUUGCCAUUCCAGUGCACUGUGGAAACCUGCAGGAAGGGUUUCACAACUGCCGCAGGUCUGCGACAUCAUGUGGAUCAUGCCCAUUCGGAACUCUGCGAACUGCACGCCUGCACCGUGGAAGGAUGUGACAAAGCAUUUCCCCGCACUCGAAUGCUCACACAUCACCUGAAAAAGGUCCACAAAAUUGCCAAGCCUGAGAUUCGUGAUCAUCCGUGCACAGAAUGUGACAAAGUGUUCCGUUGCCCAACAGCUCUGAAAAAACACAUGUAUAAGCACACUGGCGAGGAACUGCCGAUUUCCUGUAACAUCUGCAACAAGCGCUUCCACAUAAACAGCGAUCUCAGAGAUCAUCUCCUGCGUCAUGCCGGUGUAAAGAAUCAUGUGUGCCCCUACUGCGGCGUCGGUAAAACCACUCGCCAGGAGUGGAACAAACACAUACUGACACACACCAAGGAAAAGCAGUUCCAAUGUCGCCAGUGCGAUCAUGCUUCCCACAACAAACAAGCUCUGGCCAAUCACGUGAAGGUGGUGCACAUGAAGAUCAAGAACUUUGCGUGCCAGUAUUGUGGCAAGACCUUUGGCAAAUCACAUGCGUGCAAGAUCCAUGAGAGACUUCACACGGGCGAAAAUUGCUGCGAGUGCAAGAUCUGUGGCAAGAUCUUCCUUUUCGAGAAGAGAUUAACCAAGCAUUUGCAGAUCCACGAGAAACGUGAUAUACCAUCUCCUGCAACCAGUGUUAAGCCACAGGACGACGAGAGUCCGCCAAAUGUGGGCCAGCAGUCAACUGAGCUGAAGGAUGCGAAGCCCAUGACAGCAGUCCCCAAGCCAAAGAAUUCGCAUCGAGUUGAACGUGUGGAUAUAUCGCAACUGGCUGGCACUUCAGUAAAUCCAAUAUCAUCGGUAUUGGUGCCCUCGUGGUCGCCGCAAGUGAACUUCACAAAGAAGGAAGGCCAGCACAUUUGUCCCGGCUGUGGACGUGGCUUCAAUCACAUUGGCAAUAUGAAACUGCACUAUAAGGUGAUACACGAAAAGAUCAAGGAUUUCGCUUGUCGCUUCUGCCCCAAGCGCUUUGGCAAGGCUCAGUAUCUUCGACAUCAUGAAUACACGCAUACUGGUGAGAGGCCGUACGGCUGUAAGAUAUGCGAUAAGCAUUUUAGCCAUGGGUCAUCGCUUAGGAAGCAUAUGAUUUCACACAACAGACCGCCAAAGGCCCCAAAGGCACUAAAGGUGCCGCCCAAGACAAAGGCGGAACAGCAGAGGCUAAAAAUUGAGCUGAACAAGCGUCCGCCAAGAAACUAUGAACAGUACCAGGAUCCAGCUGCAGAACGGGCUGCAGCCACCGCUGAGUUGCUUGCCAAGCAGCUCGAAGAGAGCGAAUCCAAACGAAAGGCUGAGGCCAAGGCUCGGACUAUUCAAGAGGCCGCCUGCGAGCAGCUUCAGAAACUGCAGAAGGAGCAGCUGAUCGAAAAGAUAUCCUGUGAUAGCUUUCAAGUACAAAGGUCUGAGACCGGCAUAAGCGUGGAUGCACUCAGAAACAAAAUGAAUGAGGGGAGUGAAUACUCCAUUCACUCAAUAUGCCGAAUCUGCUUAAAUCACCUUCGAAAUGAUCCGGCGUACGACCUGUUUCUCGUUCCGGGUCUGGCCAAAAAACUGUGUGUGUGUACUUCACUCUCAGUGGAACAGCACGAUGGCUUCCCGAAAAACCUUUGCACCAAUUGCUACACCAAGCUGAACGACCUGCACGGAUUCCAGAAACUGUGCGUGGACUCUGUACAAAAGUUUCAGGAAAUGGUCGCUAGCAAUUAUUUCGUACCCGUUGCUGGUGAUAUUGAUAAAGUCGAUAUACUGGCUGGGCUGCCGGUCGAUGGGGAAGCGGAUGACGAUAACAUCAACUUUGAUCCGCUUCUGAAUACCAAGAUAGAAAUUGUGGAGACUGAGGAGGACGUUAUUAAAAUGCUAGAUGACGUCGACAAGGAAGCAGAGGAGGUUGAGAAGGAAGUGGAUAGGGCAAAGGAUAUAUCCAGUGAUAGUGACAACGACAAUGAUGAUGACAAUAGAGACGUUGACUUUCAAGUGAAUAGUAGCGACUCUGACGACAUCGUACCCUUGUCCCGCUUACGUAGUUCAACCAGAGCAAAAACGACAAAGGCCAAAACGAAUCAUGCGGAUGACGAUGAAUAUGAUUCCUCUAGCUUUGAAUGGGCUGAGGAUAAAGAGGAUGAUUUGGAUAAACCCAAGCCGAAGCCAAGACGAAAACGCGUUCAAGUUGCUUCGGCGCCCCUCGAUGGACUGGUUGACUGUCACAUUUGUCAGGAAAAAUUCAAGAGCACCAAACUCUACGAGGAACACAUGAAACAUCACAACGAUCAAUUGCCAUUCCAGUGCUCUGUUGAAGACUGCAAGAAGGGUUUCACUACGGCUGGUGGUCUACGCCUUCAUAUGGACCACGCUCAUUCAGAAUUCUCUGAAGUGCACGCCUGCACUGCUGAGGGAUGUGAUAAGACUUUUCCUCGAUCUGUCUUACUCACGUUCCAUAUGAAAAAGGUGCACAACAUUAUCAAGACACCGUCGCGGAAUCAUCCGUGCACGGAAUGCGACAAAGUCUUCCGUUGUUCAACAGCACUCAAGAAGCACAUGUAUAAACACACUGGCGAAGAGAAGCCAAUCUCCUGUAACAUCUGCAACAAACGCUUCCACAUAAACAGCGAUCUGAGAGAUCAUCUUUUGCGCCAUGCCGGUGUAAAGAAUCAUGUGUGCCCCUAUUGCGGCGUCGGUAAAACCACUCGCCAGGAGUGGAACAAACACAUACUGACACACACCAAGGAAAAGCAGUUCCAAUGUCGCCAGUGCGAUCAUGCUUCCCACAACAAACAAGCUCUGGCCAAUCACGUCAAGGUGGUUCAUAUGAAGAUUAAGGACUUCGCCUGUCAGUAUUGCGGCAAAAAGUUCAGCAUGUCGUAUUCGUGCAAAGUUCACGAGAGACUCCACACGGGCGAAAACUGCACCAAGUGCAAGAUCUGUGGCAAGGUGUUCCUUUUCGAGAAGGGAUUGACCAAACAUUUAAAGACCCAUGAGAAGCGCGAUAAAACACGGUCUGCUUCUGCGACUGCAGUCAAACCGAAGGACGAUGGAGUCGCGCAAGGCACAGAAAACGCUAUCCAAGAAUUGACUCAGCCAGUGGAUGGGAAACUCAUUCCAGAAGUUUCCACCAAGCCGAAAACAUCAAAUAGAGUUGAGCGUGUAGAUAUAUCGCAGCUAGCAGGCACCUCCGUCAAUCCAAUAUCAUCAGUAUCGGUUCCCUCCUGGUCGCCGCAAGUCAACUUCACAAAGAAGGAAGGCCAGCACAUUUGUCCAGGAUGUGGUCGUGGCUUCAACCACAUCGGCAAUAUGAAGCUCCACUACAAGAUAAUACACGAGAAGGUGAAGGACUUUGCCUGUCGAUUUUGUCCGAAACGUUUUUCGAAGGCACACAUAUUAAAACAUCAUGAAUGGGUUCACACUGGCGAGAAACCGUACGAGUGCAAGGUUUGCGGCAAACAUUUCCGGCAGGAGUCAAGUCGGAAAAACCAUUUGAGAAGAGUGCACGAGAAUGCGAAACCUGCAAAGGAGCCGAAACCACCAAAGACUGUUCUUAGGCCAACCGGACCACACGUCUUGCUCAACAAAAAACACGUCCUAAAGAAUUUUGAUGAGUACCAGGAUCCUGCUGCAGAGCAAGCCGCUGCAACAGCUGCAUUGAUUGCCCAACAGCAGGAAGAGAAUGAAGCGAAGCGAAGGGCUGAAGAAGAAACUCGCAAGAUUCAGGAGGCUGCAUGUGAACAACUUCAAAGGCUGCAGAAGGAGCAACUUAUCGAGAAGAUAUCCAUUAACAGCUUUCAAGUAAAAAUAUCCGAAUCGGGUGUCACUGUGGAUGACCUCAAAGUAGAUCCUACACAGAAAGAAUAAUACAGUUCAAAAUGAAAACCAUUUAAUAUUAAUAAUAUGUCCUAUAU